UUGAGCUGACACACGCUGCAGCUCAGUUGUGUAACUGUUAAUAACUGUGGUAUAACUGUGUUAUAACUGUUCCUGCUCGCUGGAAGUUAGCGUGAAGAUGACUGCGAGUUUAACAAAGUGUAAGUCUGUGCUGAUAACAGGCUCCAGCAGAGGAAUAGGACUACAGCUGCUCAAACAGUUAGCUAAAAGCACCGACAGACCCGCUACCAUAAUAGCGACAGCCCGAAACCCGACUGGCUCCAAGGAAUUGCAAGAGCUGUCCAACACAUGCCCGGGUGUUUAUACUGUGACACUAGACACGGACAGCCAGCAGAGUAUCAGCUCAGCCUUGAAGGAGGUGCAGUCCAUUGUAGGAAGUAAGGGACUGAACUGUCUGAUCAAUAAUGCUGCCAUCAACAUCUCUACAGACAUAGACACUGUUACACCAGAGGCCAUGAUGAAGACCUUCCAGACAAACAGUGUCGCACCACUGUUUGUCACAAAGGCCUUCCUGCCUCUGCUGCAGACUGCUGCAGGUCAGUCCACAGGGAUGGGAAUGCACAGAGCAGCAGUUAUCAACAUCUCCUCCAUCCUGGGCUCCAUCACAUACACCAGGGGUGAAGGUGCCAACUUUAAGAGCUAUGCCUACCGCAUCUCUAAGGCAGCAUUGAACAUGGUGACUAGGUGUUUGGCUGCUGAUCUGGGGUCACAUGGAAUCCUUUGUAUGGCUCUCCACCCCGGCUGGGUCAAGACUGACAUGGGAGGGCCUCUCGCUGAAUUGACAGUAGAAGACAGUGUCUCUGGGCUGCUGACUGUCCUCUCCAAUCUCACAGAUAAUGACCAUGGAGGAUUCAAGGACUACCGUGGAAAUAACAUACCAUGGUAAAAUCAAACACUGGGUGUAACAUUGUAAUUCAAAAUCUGCACUGUUUAGGAAAUAUUUAAAGCAGUGUGUCCAAGCUUAUUCUAAACAGCUUGAAAUUGAAAAGUAGAUGUGGUUGCUGUUUCUCUUCCCCCGUCACGAAACUGUAUAUUUAGAGACUAAUGACAAGCUGGUCUUGAGUGGAUUCUGACUGAUGUCUCAAUCAUAGAAACUUUUGUUUGAUCAAGAAAACUGUUCAGCAAGAUUUCAGAUGUUGGCCCAGAGCAGAGCAAGAUGUUAACACUUGCACUGGAAUCUCAAUAUUGUACAAAUCUUCGUGAAUGAGUGUUGUUUUUUUUUGGUCUGACUAAAUUUUUUCCAAAACAUCUUAAACAUUUACAUACAAGGCUUGGGCAGUAUUAAGGUAGAUAGAAGUCAUGAAGGUAUGAUUUUCAAUAUCGCCAAAAACAUAUGCUCCUUUCUCUUUUAAACUCAGAGAUAUUCUGUUAACGUGAUGUAUUGUAGUGCAUAACAUGCACCACCAGAGGUCAGUCAUUAAUCAUAAAGACGUAUAGGCUGGUGGAGCAGGCAGGCAUAAAGGCUUUGAUGUGCCUGUGGGAUUAUUUGGGAUUCAGAUCCAAUGAUAUUGGUGAGGCAGUCGGCAAAGACAAAUCUGUGAGCACUAUUUGCUACAAGACAGUUAUUACGACAGAGGGAAACACAUCAAACCUCCAUUUGCACCUCAAAGUGCAUGACCCAUUUAAGCCCUAUCAAAAUCUUUGGGAUUGUGGCCAGCUAGUUGAAUAAAAGGAGCAGUUCUAAACAGUUUGAGGUGUGAGAAAUUGUCACUCAUUUCUUACAUUCAAUAUACAAAGCAAUUAAUAGAUGAAUUCAAGUUGGUACAACUUAACUGUUCCCAAGGAAUUUUAACAUUUUACCAUAAAUAUACACAGUAAAGAAUAAAUAUUGUCAUCAUGACUCAAGAGAAGAAAUAAAAUCAAGAUAUG